AUGACCCUAGAGUCGAUAGCCAGACUCUUGUCACAAGCCGGGUCAUCGAUAGCUAAAACCAGAAUGGACAUGGACGAAUAUGGUGUUUCGAUCGGCGAACCACAGCACUACGGCCAACGAUAUUUAUAUUUCAUCCUGGUCCGUCUGCCGAGACGCGGCCAUCGGAAUUCAUAUUUCAUUCUUGCACCGUUUCCAGGUCACUUCCCCAUCGGUUGCCAGAGCGAGGUCAGGUGGAUGUUCGGACAUUUGGACAGCGACAACGACGGCAGGCUCAUCCCUUACGAGUUGCACGGCCUGGAACACGAUCAGUUCGAGCCGUGUCUGAAACCGUUCCUCCGCGGCUGUGACACCGACGGAAACAUCGUCGUGAGUGGCUCCGAAUGGUGUGACUGCUUCUCAAAGGCUGAACGUCCCUGCGCCGCAGUACGCAAGCGAUCAUCACCUGACGUUGCACCUGCUUGCGAUUCCCGGGGUUAUUAUCGAAGCACCCAGUGUCACCGUGGACUAGGACUCUGCUGGUGCGUGGAUCCUCAUGGCGUAGAAUUUGCUGGAACUAGAACACGUGGCAGCAAGCCGGAUUGCGACACGAUCGUAAACAAGAUUAGCAACGGAGGAUUGAAGACAAACAGCGUGGACCUAGACGAUGACGAAGAUGGCGGCACAGAUUCUGCACAGGAUCUCGAAGGUUCCGCCGAUCAGCCAUUAGACUUUUAGACUCCUUAGAAUCAGCCAGCAACAGCAGCAACGGGAGCAGCACCUUAACGUGAUAUCGAACAGCCGGACGACACGGUUCUCCUUGCAAAGGGGAACAGGAUGUGCUCGCUCGGUGGUCGUCCGCUGGUUUCGAGUAUCGCCGUUGUGAUUGGAGGUGUCUUCAGUGAAACAGGUCGGCGAAGGCUGCGACCCACGCGUGAGCCUAAAAGUCAGAAGAGCAACGAAGAAGUACGAGGAUUGACGAGAGUGACACGAGCAGCGGAUACCCUCUGGCAUCGUGGUUACACCACUUGAAUUGCGUCCUCUUUGUCGAUUAUUGGUCAUGACCCUUAACCCGAGAAUGAUCGUUUCUUGAUAAUUAAUUCUGUCCUUUGUUGAUCGUCCGUGGUUUGAAUUGCAAUAACGACAUUGUAUAAAUAUCUUCUUUUCAUUGAUAAUUAAUCCAAAUUAAUCUAUCCGAGAACACAAGUGCCAAACGGGUUAAGAAGCUGCUGAAUCGGAGAAUCGUGUGUAGGAAGCUUGUACAGUGCAAUAAUCAAGGGGCUACAUCGUGCAAUGGUAAUCUGGUAUGAUGCUCUAUAUUUCGAUCCAAGACCAUGCAGGAGACGUCGACAUUCGACGCGAUGAGAGAAUCGCCCCGAUGACCCGCAAUGAGACACGUUGUACCCUGUGUGCCCGUCGAGGUACCUCCAUGCACAACUCGUCUAUAAAUAAUAUAAUUAUAUACUAUUUAUGCAUAUACAAACUAGAGGUUUUGCGAGAAAGAGAAAGGAGAGAUACGAGAGAGAAAGAACGAUGCACAGGAAAAGAAGGGAAAGUUCAUCCUCCAUUGGGUAAAAUUCACAUGUCCACUCCACGACGUAUAGAGAUUAUGAUACCUUUAAAAAAGAAGAGAUACAAAAGAAAAAAAGAAAAGAAAAAGAAUGCUCUAUGUAAUUAUGAUUUCUAACCGCGCUAGAUUAACGAUAUCUCGAAUUAUAAUGUCUAAGCAUAAUAUAUAUAUAUAUAAAUAUACAUAUAAAUAUAUAUAUAUAAUACUGUCUAUGACUUACGAUAAUACAGCGGACGAAGACAAGCUGGCUGAGGGAGAAACCUGGCUAAUAGUCAGCGGACGCGAUAAACGCGUCUAACACACUCUUAGAGAGAUGCACACGCUUCAAAACGUAGGGUAUUAAACAGAAAAGUAUUUGCAUAAUCCGAGUCACGAGUAUAGGUUAAUUGAGCUCUCUCGUAAUAAAGCACCUUCGCUGGUUAACACAGAAAAACGUACGCCGUCAGCUAAUAUAGAUUUCCGUCGCCACGCUUAUUUAUUUUCUUCACGCUAACCAUUAUUACUCUCCCUCUACUACUUCGGUUCUUUCGUUUCAAUUUUCAUUUCUCUCGUAGCCAUCUUGCGUUGCGAGGUUUAGUGUAAGAUAUACUGCAUAAAAAAGAAUGACCUAUUUCAUACUCGCUAACUACUAAACCGCAGUUCAAUCACGACGAGGAAAGAAU